AGGGUUUUUGGCAUUUGGUAUUGGGAAGAAGAGAAAAGGGAAGUCAAAAACACACAGAUCCUGCUCUGAUCCGAUCUUUAGAUAGUCGUAUAGCUGUCCAUGUAAUUACUCUCUCUCUCUCUCUCUCUCUCUCUCUCUCUCUCUCAUCAUGCCAUCUCGACUACCUCCGCCUCCGUCUCCGUCUCCAUCUCCACAGCCACAGCCACCUGACCAGCACCAAAUCCGCCUUGCUCCUCCGCUAGCGGUUGCUUUCUCUUUCCUCAUAGCCCUAACCCUCUGCUUCCGCAAGUUUACAACACGAAAACGCACCGCCCCUUCCGACUCUAAACCACCACACAAGUUUUCCUAUACGGCGCUCAGCCGCGCUACCUCUUCCUUCUCCCCCUCAAACCGCCUCGGUCAAGGCGGUUUCGGUUCGGUUUACCGUGGAACCCUAAUUAAUAACCAGGUCCAGGAUGUUGCGGUUAAGGUCAUGGACGCCGGUUCUCUCCAAGGCGAGCGCGAGUUUCAGAACGAGCUCUUCUUUGCCGGAAAAAUCGAUUCUGAUCGUAUCCUCUCCGUUGUUGGUUUUUCUUCCGAUAGGAGACGACGGCGAAUGGUGCUUGUUUAUGAGCUCAUGACUAACGGAAGCUUACAAGAUUGCUUGUUUCAUCGCAAGUCUCCGGAGCUAAAGGAGUGGAAAAAGCGGCUGUCGGUUGCAAUUGAUAUCGCUAAAGGUAUCGAGUAUCUUCAUCAUUAUUGUGAUCCACCAAUUAUUCAUGGUGAUAUAAAGCCUAGUAAUAUACUCUUAGAUCAUAAUUUCAAUGCGAAGAUUGGGGAUUUUGGUUUAGCUAGGUUAAAACCAGAAGACGAAUGUCGAAUUGACUUGAAUAGUAAGAUCGAGGAAGGGAAAAAGGUAGGUAAUUCAAUAAUGGAGGAUAACGGGUCAGUCUUCGAGGAGACUGAGAGUUUGGCAACCACCACAGUCUGUGAAGAGUUUGGUAUAGUUCCGGAUCAAUCACCUGAAAGUUUUGUUACAGCUCCGAUUGCUGAGACAUCACCAGAGACGUUCAUCCAAUCGCCAAAAACAGGUCCAGUAGGUGAUGUGAGUUUCUCAGAGGGAAAUCUGGAUGCCAUAAGCCUGGAGAGCGGUGGUGCGACUUUGAAGAAAAGCAGGACAAGAAAGAAGAGUAUGUCAGGGAAGGAUUGGUGGUGGAAACAAGACAACAGCAUGUCUGAAUCAGGACGUGUAAAGGAUUACGUGAUGGAAUGGAUUGGGAGUGAAAUCAAAAAAGAGAGACCAAAAACCGAAUGGAUCACAGCCGGAGCUUCAUCCAGUGCAACUCAAACAGGAAAAUCAGAGAAGAAGAAGCCAAAGAAGAACAAAAAGCGACUCGAUUGGUGGAUGUCAUUGGAUGAAGACAAGAACGUGAAGAAACAGAAAAGAAGACCAGCCAGGGAAUGGUGGAAGGAGGAAUACAGCGAAGAACUGGCAAAAAAGAAAAAGAAGAACAAGAAGAAACAGAGAAACGAAUCCAUCAAUAUUGAUAGCUUUUCAAAAGAUGAUGAAAUGUACAUGGACAGAAAGAAGAGAAGCAGAAGCAGAAGCAGAGGUAGCAGAGGCAGCAUGGAUUGGUGGUUAGAUGGAUUCAGCGGUGAACUAUGGCGGCAACGCCACACCAGUCAUGACUCAGUAAGCGGUGAGAUACCCAAAAGUGGCGGCAUUAGCAGUACACCAAGCAUGAGGGGAACUGUAUGUUAUGUUGCCCCUGAGUAUUCAUGUGGUGGUGAUUUAUCAGAAAAGUGUGAUAUUUAUAGCUUUGGGGUUCUACUGUUAGUUGUGAUUGCUGGAAGGAGGCCAUUACAAGUGACUGGAUCCCCAAUGUCGGAAUUUCAACGGGCAAAUCUUUUAUCAUGGGCACGGCAUCUUGCACGUGCAGGGAAGCUUCUUGAUCUUGUGGAUCAAUCUGUUGAUAGUUUGGAUAAGGAUGAAGCUUUAGUUUGUAUUAAAGUUGCACUUCUUUGCCUACAAAAGUCACCUGCAUUUCGGCCUUCUAUGAAAGAAGUAGUGGCUAUGCUCUCUGGGGAUCUAGAGCCACCACCUUUACCUGUGGAAUAUUCCCCCUCACCCCCUUCUCGUUUCAAGUCCCAUAGGAAACUACGCUGACUUUCCAAAUCAAUUUUUCAUCAACACAUACUAAUGGAUAUGGUGUGGUAUAUUUGUUUUUAAUUUCACUAUGGAUUUGGCUCUUGUACAUGAUUUACUUACUGAGAUGAUGCUUUGAUGUGGGUGUGGGACAGUGUAGGUGAAGAAUAACAGUUCUACAGAAAUUUUUCAUAAACAGUUUUAUACAGAUGUAAGUAACAUAAAGUUUGACCAGAUUUGUUCAUGUUUAAUUUAAUUUAAGCAAUGGGAUUUAAUGUUUGACCAUGUUGGUAAAUAAAUGGUAAUGUUCAGUUUUUUGGGGUA